AUGUUAAUAUUUUUGCACGUGCCUAUGACUAUUGGUUAUUACUUUUGGGCUGGUUGCAACAAAGCACACGGCAAGACAGCAGUGAUGGCGGCCAUGACGAAGCAACCUUUGGAGGCACUGUUAAUUCGUUUUGCUCUGCAGAUCCAAACGUGCGAACUGGAGGCGCUCGAAAAACAUGCUGCAGGGCAACAUCAGAUGCGGGCGAAGGAAACGGAUCCCGCGCCCAUCAUCACUGACGACAGGGACCUCCCGGCACUGGAGGUCAGGCCCCGGGCUGCUACUGCUGCCGCUGUGCGGAACACAGCUCACCAGGCUUCCGGUGCUGGUGAGUCGAACCGUGGGUGCAGGGGUCGGGGUGGCAAGCUUAGGGACAAGGGUCGGCCCAGGGCCACUGCUGCAGGAACGGGGAUGAUGGUGCUAGGCAAGCAUGGCCGGGAUCUGAAUCCAGCAGAGUGGAUGACUUAA